AUGACUGUAACACGUAUAAAUUUAGAAAGCCUGUUUUUACAUCCACUCAUUUCUCAAAAACCACGUUCCUCAAAAUUUACCAAUCCGUACAGUGCAACUUUGACACAGUUCACUUCCUUAUUUAUACCAAAACCCUAUAGCUUAAUUUCGCAAGAAACAAAAAUCGCAAUGGCCAUGGAUGAGUUCAUGUCCAACACUCUCAUUUCAACCAUUAUUACUCUCCUAAUUGGAGCUUUAAUCUAUCACAUAAAGAAACCACAUACAAAGAACUGCACUGCACCUCAAGCUGAUGGUGCAUGGCCUAUUAUAGGUCAUUUGCAUCUCUUUGGAGCUAAGAAACUUACACACAAAACACUUGGUACCAUGGCUGACAAGCAUGGACCGAUUUUCACAAUCAAACUUGGUUCAUACAAUGUUCUUGUACUAAGUAGCAGUGAAAUGGCCAAAGAAUGUUUCACUCUCCACGACAAAACAUUCUCCACUAGGCCCUUUGUUGCAGCCUCGAAGCUCAUGGGAUACAACUAUGCUAUGUUUGGUUUCACUCCUUAUGGUCCUUACUGGCGUGAGAUGAGGAAGUUGGCUACGCUCGAGCUUCUCUCGAACCAGCGACUCGAGCUUUUGAAGAACACGAGAGUGUCUGUGAUAGAUGCUGCAGUGGGAGAGCUAUAUAGGUUAUGGAAAAUAAAGGGUUGUCAAAAAGAAGGAGUUUUGGUUGAUAUGAAGGAGUGGUUUGGUGAUUUGACGCAUAAUAUAGCUUUGAAAAUGGUGGGAGGGAAGGUAUAUUAUGGUGAAGGUGGGAAGUAUAGGGAAGCGAUGAGAGAUUGGGUGUGUUUGUUUGGUGUGUUUGUGUUGUCUGAUGCAAUUCCGUUUUUGGGGUGGUUAGAUGUUAAUGGUUAUGAGAAGGCUAUGAAGAGAACUGCGAGGAAAUUGGAUAGUUUGGCUGAAGGGUGGUUGGAGGAACACAAAAGGAAAAGAGGUUUGGGUGAGAGUGGAAAGGAGGAACAUGAUUUCAUGGAUGUUAUGUUGAAUGUUUUGCAGGGUUCAGAGGUUUGUGGUUAUGAUUCAGAUACAAUCAUCAAGGCUACUUGUCUGAAUCUAAUUUUAGCAGGAAGUGACACCACCAUGGUGACUCUAACAUGGGCACUAUCCCUACUACUCAAUCAUCAAAUGGAACUCAAAAAGGCACAGGAUGAGUUGAACACUCAUAUUGGGAAGGACAGGAAGGUGGAAGAAUCUGACAUAAAGAACUUAUCAUACCUUCAAGCCAUUGUCAAGGAAACAUUACGACUCUAUCCACCAAGUCCAAUUAUCACCUUGCAUGAAGCAAUGAACGACUGCACUUUUUCAUGUGGCUAUCACAUUCCUGCUGGUACACAGUUGAUGGUGAAUGCUUGGAAGAUCCACCGAGACAGUCGUGUUUGGACCGAUCCUCAUGAUUUCAAGCCUGAGAGGUUUUUGACAAGCCAUAAAGAUGUUGACAUCAGAAGUCAGAACCAUGAGCUUGUAACCUUUGGUUCUGGAAGGAGAGCAUGUCCAGGGUCCUCAUUGGCUUUAAGAGUGGUACAUUUGACAUUGGCUAGACUGCUACACUCAUUCAAUGUUGCUUCUCCCUUGAAUCAAGCUGUAGACAUGACAGAAAGCCCUGGACUCACAAAUUUAAAAGCAACCCCACUUGAAGUUAUUCUAACACCGUGUCUAGAUACCAACCUUUAUGAAGACUAGAAUCACAAGUCAUUAUAUAAGGCUUUUUUCCCUCUAAAUAAGGCAACACUUAUCAGGUUGCAAUAAGACAUUUAAUGGAGGUAAUAGCUAUGAAUUAUGAUGUAUUAAAUAGUUCAUAUCUGGUGCACUCUUCAGUAUUGUGAUAAUUCUUCGCUUUUGAUUCACAUUCAUCGAUCUUACUAUCUAUCAGUCAUGUC